AUGCCAAUGCUUGCUCCAAUAAACAGGAAUUCUUUUACGUUCCCAUACGCCAACAAGUGGUCUGUUCCAGGGAUGAAUUAUCAGAGAUGUCCAAGGCACUCUAUAAUUCAAUACCGCAACCUAAUCGACCACCUUGGGCCAGAUGAUUUUGUCUGGAUGUCGUACGAGGGUCUCGACCACGAGCCCAGCCCCGACGAUGCCGCUGUGUGGACAUCAAAGACACCCAUAAUUAGGUUCACUACGGUGGAGAUGCACCAGAGUGACCGGGUGAAACUACAAUUUGGGAUGCAUCAGGAUAUUCCAGAUGCUCCAGUAGACUUGGGGCAGUGGCAUCAAAAGCGGGUAGAUGCACAGUGGAGUGUUAGUGACUGGAAGGAGUUUGCGAAGGAGUUGCAUAUACACUGGAAAAGAAGAAGGCAAUAUGUCUUAACUGAUCGUAUUGUGCACGGGGCUAGGCCAAGUCUUCAAUAUAUGACUUGGUUUAGGUCUGUCACGACAUCUCAGCCUUUACUAUCCCAGCCAACCUAUUUGGCCGACCCAAGGGAAUGCAGUUCUUCGUCAAACCCAGAGCAACAGCUCAGUGCCCAAACCCAGCCUUACAAAAACUCAUACAUGCCAACAAAUACCCCCUAUCAACAACGACAACCUUACAUGCCACCACCCACCCAAUCCCAGCCUCAACCACCUUACCAUUACAACCCUGAUAUCUCUUUUGAGCCUACCCCCUCCACCUAUAGCCCAGACAACUCAUUUGACCCUACCCCCUCCAACUACACCUCCAACUACACCUCCAACUACCCCUCCAACGACCCCCCAAAUUAUCCAUUAUUCGACUACUACACCCCGCAACAACCAACACACCUAGACCAACCCAACUCCAUGUACACAUUCGGACAAUCAUACCGUCCAUACUCCACCCAACCUCCCCGACAAUCCUUCGAAAACAUGGGCAUCGAGCUUGACUACGGAAGCGCCGUUGACAGUGGACCUCCCGGCUAUUGGGGUCAAAUGAUGCAAACUCUAUCUGAUACGUCGGGGCCGUCCCAACCAUACCCUCCUCCACAACUCAACACACAGAGACCGGACACACCACAGCAACCUCGUCGUAGACCUCGUUGCAAUGCGCGUCCCCCACAAUGUGGCACCGGUGGUCACUUGGAUAGAGCCGGUCAUUAG